AUGCCUCCUCACCUCCUCCGCACACGCUUGACAGCUGCUCACUUACCAGCUGACCGGUGCAAAUACCGAGUGAGUCCUCGCCACCGCUUCAGCUCCAGCACCGUGUCACCACCAUCUGUGACCGUAUCAUCAACUCCACCGCCACCUCCUCCUCUACUAGGUGCAGUGCGGGUCGAUGACUGGACAAUGUUCCGUCGGGCUCGACGUGUCCAGCGUUGGCUCCACUUGUCCCGCAGUCGCGACGAGCAUUCACGAGCGACCUUAGUAAGCAAAGGCUGGCGCUCUCGACGACAGAAGAGAGGGUUCGAGCUCUUUACGCGCGAGUCGCCAAUGAUUGGCGUCACGGAUAGUCCGCAAGCUUUCCCAUCGCUACUGGACAGCGAAGUCGUCGUAGUGGGUACGAUGGCAUGUUCGAUUGAGGACUUGGCCUUCCCAUUACGUUCGUCGAGCGAGAACGACUACAACUCGGUCAUGCAUGCCCUGUACGGCUCCGACUUCAUCUACGGCUCCCUCGUGCACAAAACGACCUUCCGCCGGCUGUCCCACGCUCACCACGCCACAGCAACAGCGGCGACUCUCGCUCGACCAGAUGACGAGCGCAGUAACCACCAGCUGGUGGUCAAAGCCUGUGCGUUUGCCCACACCUCCAUGUUCGACAAGAAGAAUCAGCAGCUGUUGUACGCGGAACUUUUCUCGCCCAGUGCAAGUGGCGGCUUUAGCAUCUCCACCUACUCGCUAGGUAUGAUGGCAGACAAAGUCUCGACGCCAGUGCGUCCGGCACUGCACGAGCUGCACCCGUUCAGUACUUGGUUCUCAGUUGAACCCGUCAGCUCUGGCGUGAACGUCGUGUUUCGCGCCCGGUUUCACCGGUCCGAAAGUGACGGCUCGUGUCCGCCAAAGGUGCUGACAACACGCCUCUGGAAGCUUGCAGAAGGGAUCUGCAAGCUCCGGAAGCUCGUGUCGAACAAGACGCCACAACGUCGUCGAUUAAGUAGCAGCACAAACGACGUGGCAGCUUCGGGGCCGCGGAAUUCACGCUGCACGGUAUGCACGCGUCGAUUGUAUCAGCUCUUAGUGAUCCGAAGCUCACAUCGCUGUGAACUUUGCUCCUACAACGUAUGCCGCACGUGCUGUUCGCAACAACAUGUGGCCAUUUACAACCGACAUGUAGCCCCGCUACUCGUGUGUGGCCGAUGCCGAGAAAGUCUUGCACGAAAAGACUUUGAUAGCCAACUACGAGAUGCCUACGAUCUCCGUCAAGCGAUUGCCUAG